AUGCUCUUAAUUAACAACAACUCUACAAAGCCAGUAAUUGAAAGUACAACAAAUCAAGUUUCUACCAUAUCAACCAAAGUUACAACAACAACAGCUGAGUCAACUAUAACAACCGAAGUUGCAACAACAGCUGAUACAACCACAACAACCGAAACUACAAUAACAACAUCUGAAGCUACAACAACAACAUCUGAAGCUACAACAACAACAACUGAGUCAACCACAACAACAGAAGCUACAACAACAACACCUGAAGCUUCAACAACAACAUCUGAUUUAACUACAACAACCAAAAUUACAACAACAGCUGAGUCAACCACAGCAACCGAAGUUAUAACAACAACACCUGAAGCUACAACAACAACACCUGAAGCUACAACAACAACAAUCGAAAUAACAACAACAGCUGAGUCAACAACAACAACCGAAACUACAACAGCAUCACCUGAAACUACAACAGCAACACCUGAAACUAAAACAACAACAGAAAAGUCAACCAUAUCAACUAAGGCUUCUACCGUACCAACCAAAUCAUCAACUACAACAGCUGAGUCAACCACAGCAACCAAAGUUACAACAACAACACCUGAAGCUACAGCAACAACACCUGAAGCAACAACAGCAACAAACGAAAUUACAACAACAGCUGAGUCAACAACAACAACCGAAGCUACAACAGCAACACCUGACACUACAACAACAACAGAAGAGUCAACCACAACAGCUGCAGGUCCUACUAUACCAACCGAAAUUACAACAACAAUGUCUGAGUUAACCACAACAACAGCUGAGACAACCAUAACAACCGAAGCUACAAUAGCAACACCUGAAACUUCAACAACCACAGAAGAGUCAACCACAACAAUUGAAGCUCGUUCUACCGUACAAACCGAAGCUACAACAACAACAACUGAGUCAACAACAACAACCAAAGCUACAACAGCAAUGGCUGAAACUACAACAACCACAAAAAAGACAACUCAACAGCUGCAGACAACAACAACAACCGAAACUACAACAGCAACACCUGAAACUACAACAACCAAAGUUGAGUCAACCACAAUAACUGGAGCUCCAACAGACACACCUGAAACUACAACAACCACAGAAGAGACAACCACAACAGCUGCAGGUCCAGCCAUACCAACCGAAGCAAUAACAACAUCGUUUGAGUCAACUACAAAAACAGCUGAGACAACCACAACAACCGAAACUACAACACCAACACCUGAAACUACAAUAACCACAGGAGAGUCAACCACAAUAACUGAAGCUCCAACAGACACACCUGAAACUACAACAACCACAAAAGAGUCAAACACAAAAACUGAAGCUCCUACAGUCCCAAUCAAAGCUACAACAACAACAGCUGAGUCAACCACAACAACCGAAACUACAACAAUAACACCAGAAGCUACAACAACAACACCUGAAGCUACUACAACAACAUCAACCACAACAACAGAGGCUGCAUUAACAGCAUUUGAAGCUACAAAAACCACAGCUGAGUUAACCAUAACAACCGAAGCUACAAUAACACCAUCGGAAGCUACAACAACAACAUCUGAGUCAAAUACAACAAACAAAAUUUCAACAACAGCUAAGUCAACAACAACAACCGAAGCUGCCACAACAACCGAAGCUACAACAAAAAUACCUGAUGCUACAGCAGCAGCAGCUGAGUCAACCACGAUAAUUGAAGCUACAACAACAGCUGAGUCAAUCACAACAACCGAAGCAAGAGCAGCAACACCUCAAACUACAACAACCACAAAAGAGUCAACCACAACAACUGAAUCUCCUACCGUACCGACCGAAGCUACAACAAUAACAGCUGGGUCAGCCACAAUAAUCGAAGCUACAACAACAGCUGAGUCAACCACAACAACUGAAGCCAUAACAACAAUACCUAAAGAUGCUACAACAACAGCUCAGUCAACUACAACAAACGAAAUUACAACAACAGCUGAGUCAACAACAACAACUGAGUCAACAACAACAACAGAGGCUACAUUAACAACACUUGAAGCUACAACAACAGCUGAGUCAACUACAACAACCGAAGCUGCCACAUCAACACCUGAUACUGCAAAAACCAUAGAAGAGUUAACCACAACAACUGAAGCUACAACAACAACACCUGAUGCUACAACAACCACAGCUGAGUCAACCAUAAUAAUCGAAGCUAUAAUAACAGCUGAUGCUACAGCAACCACAGCUGAGUCAACUAUAAUAAUCGAAGCUAUAACAACAGCUGAGUCAACCACAAAAUCCGAAGCUACAACAACAACAUCUAAAGUUACAACAACAAGAUCUGAGUCAACUACAACAAACGAAAUUACAACAACAGAUGAGUCAACAACAACAACCGAAGCUGUAACAACAACACCUGAAACUACAAUAAUCACAAAAGAAUUAACCACAACAACUGAAGCUACAACAACAACACCUGAUGCUACAACAACCACAGCUGAUACAACAGCAACAACCAAAGUUACAACAAUAACACCUGAAACUACAUUAUUCACAGCAGAGUCCACCACAGCAACUGAAGCUACAAAAACAACACCUGAGUCAACUACAACAACCGAAGCUACCACAACAACACCUGAAACUACAAUAACCACAUCAACAACAACAACCGACGCUACAACAGCAACACUUAAAACUACAACAACUACAGAAGAGUCAACCACAACAACUAAAGCUCCUACUGUACUAACCGAAGCUACAACAACAACAGUUGAGGCAACCACAACAACCGAAGCUACAACAACAACAUCUGAAGCUACAACAAGCACAGCUAAGUCAACAACAACAACCGAAGCUACAACAACAACACAUGAAGCUAUAACAACAACUGCUGAAUCAACAGCAACAAUCGAAACUACAACAACAGCUGAAUCAAUUACAUCAAAUGAAGUUACAACAUCCGCUGAGUCAACAACAACAACUGAAGCUACAACAGCAACACCUGAAAUUACAACAACAACAGCAGAGUCAACCACAACAUCUCAAGCUACAACAACAACACCUGAAGCUAUAACAACCGCAGCUGAGGUAAACACAAGAUUCGAAGCUUCAACAUCAACGCCUGAAGCUAAAACAACAACAGCUGAAUCAACAGCAACAAUCGAAGCUAUACCAACAGCAGAGUCAACCACGACAAGUGAAGCUACAACAACAACACGUGAAGCUACAAUAACAUUACCUGAAGCUACAAUAACCAGAGCAAAGCCAACCACAACAAUUGAAGCUACAACAACAACACCUGAAGCUACAACAACAACACCUGAAGCUACAACAACCACAGCUGGGACAACCACAAUAGCCGAAGCUACAACAGCAACGCCUGAAGUUUCUACAACCACAGCUGGGUCAACUACUACAGCCGAAGUUACAACAAUAGCUGAGUCAACAACAAAAACCGAAACUACCACAACAACACCUGAAACUACAAUAACUACAGCAGAAUCAACCAUGAUAACAGAAGCUUCAACAACAACACCUAAAGCUACUAAAACAACAGCUGAGACAACCACAACAACCGAAGCUACAACAGCAACACCUAAAGCUACAACAACAUCAGCUGAGUCAACCACAACAACCGUAACUUCAACAACAGCUGAGUCAACCACAACAACCGAAGCUACAACCCCAACAACCGAUGUUACAGCAACCACAGUUUAUUCAAACACUUAA